GUGUAAUGAAAGGCGAUUUGCGAUUAGAUGUGUUACUGAGGCCUAACACACACUCUCUCAAUGAGUGGAUCUGAAUGUAUGGCUUAUGUCAUACACUGUAGAAGCAGUUGAGAGCCAAUUAUACAUCGCUUUACCUCUACUUUGCAGUUGUUUUUCGCAUUUAAGUCAAAAUCUUAGUGUCAUUUAGUGAACAACUUUUGCUUCAAAUCCAAAGUCAAGUGAAUAACAACUCAUUCUUCAAGUCUUUAGUUUUCGUAACCAUUACUGCAGACAAAUGUCCGUCAAAACAGACGCCGACCGCAGGAAACAGAUCUCUGUCCGCGGAAUCGCCGACGUGGGAAAUGUGACCGAAAUGAAGAAGUCCUUCAACCGUCACCUUCACUACAGUCUCGUGAAGGACAGGAAUGUGUCGACCGCUCGGGACUAUUACCAGGCGUUGGCGCUCACAGUCCGCGACCAUCUCGUCUCUCGAUGGAUACGAACUCAACAGAACUAUUACGAAAAGGAUCCCAAACGCGUUUACUACCUGUCCCUGGAGUGGUAUGUCGGCCGACAGCUCACUAACACAAUGAUCAACAUUGAUGUGCAGACGGCUUGCGAUGAAGCACUGUAUCAGUUGGGACUCGACAUCGAAGAGCUCGAGGAGUUGGAAGAGGACGCGGGUCUUGGAAAUGGAGGUUUGGGUCGUUUGGCCGCCUGUUUCCUCGACUCGAUGGCUACUCUGGGAAUCGCCGGCUAUGGCUAUGGAUUGCGCUAUGAAUACGGAAUAUUCACGCAAAAGAUUGAGAACUGCGAACAAGUGGAACAGCCCGACGAUUGGCUCAGAUUUGGUAAUCCGUGGGAAAAGGCGAGACCCGAGUACUUGCUUCCCAUCAACUUCUACGGCAAAGUAGAGAAGACUGAGAGCGGCUCCAAAUGGGUGGACGCACUCACCAUCUAUGCAAUGCCUUACGACAGUCCUGUCCCCGGCUUUCGCAAUAAUGUUGUCAAUACAAUGCGUUUAUGGACUGCGAAAUCGCCGACGAGUUUCAAUUUGAAAUUCUUCAAUAACGGCGACUAUAUUCAGGCCGUUUUGGACCGCAAUUCUGCCGAAAAUAUUACCCGAGUUUUGUAUCCAAACGAUAACGUAUUUGAAGGCAAAGAAUUGCGUCUAAAACAGGAAUAUUUCUUAUGCGCGGCAACUCUUCAGGACAUUAUUAGACGCUAUAAGUCAUCGAAGUUUGGUUCCCGAGAAUACGUGAGAAAUUCUUUCGACGCGUUCCCCGAAAAAGUUGCGAUACAAUUGAAUGACACGCAUCCGGCUCUGGCCAUACCUGAACUGAUGAGAAUCCUCAUUGAUAUCGAGGGCUACACUUGGGAUAAGGCGUGGGAUAUCACCAGAAAAACGUUUGCCUACACUAACCACACAGUACUGCCGGAAGCGAACGAGCGCUGGCCCUGUGGUCUACUUGAAUAUGUGUUGCCCCGACACAUGCAGAUCAUCUAUGAGAUCAAUCACAGGCAUUUGGACGCCAUCUCCAAGUUAUACCCCAAUAAUAUGGAUAAACUAAAGGCUCUGUCUUUGAUCGAAGAGGAGCCCGAAAAGAAGGUCAAUAUGGCUCACCUGGCGAUCGUUGGCUCUCAUUCAAUAAACGGUAACUUUGAUUAUUUGGCAACACUUUGUUUGUUCACAAGACUGAUGACAAUUCUCUUCGAAACAGGUGUUGCGGCCAUUCAUUCAGAAAUUAUAAAACGGGAGACAUUUAAAGACUUCUUCGAACUCUCGCCCGAGAAGUUCCAAAACAAGACGAAUGGAGUGACGCCCCGGCGAUGGCUAUACAUGUGUAAUCCGAAUCUCUCUGAUCUGAUCAGCAGUAAAAUAGGCGACGAAUGGAUGGUUCAUUUGGAUCAACUCCAGAAACUGAAGCCAUUAGUAAAUGAUCCGCAAUUCGUGAGAGCCGUGCAAACUGUGAAACAGGAAAAUAAGUUACGACUUUCCGAUCUGCUCUACAAACUGUAUGGCAUUCAAGUGAACCCGUCGUCAAUGUUUGACGUUCAGGUCAAACGAAUCCACGAAUACAAGCGACAACUUCUCAAUUGUCUUCACAUGAUUACACUUUACAAUCGUAUCAAACGAGACCCGACCGCCGACUUUGUUCCCCGAACUAUAAUGGUUGGCGGCAAAGCAGCGCCGGGUUAUCACAUCGCUAAGCAGAUAAUCCGUCUCAUCAAUCACGUGGCGGCUGUUGUUAACAACGAUCCAGUGGUCGGCGAUAGACUUAAAAUUAUAUUCCUCGAGAACUAUAGGGUCUCAUUCGCUGAGAAGAUUAUUCCCGCAACCGAUUUGAGUGAACAGAUCUCUACCGCCGGUACAGAAGCGUCUGGAACUGGAAAUAUGAAAUUUAUGAUGAACGGAGGCCUUACUAUUGGCACUCUUGACGGCGCGAACGUCGAGAUGAGGGAAGAGAUGGGCGCAGAAAACUUCUUCCUCUUCGGCCUCAAUGAGCACGAAGUGGGAGAAUUGCAUAGAAAAGGAUACAAUGCUUGGGAUUAUUAUAACAAGAAUCCAGAGCUGCGUAAUGUCGUCGAUCAGAUCAAUAAUGGCUUCUUCAGCCCCAAUAAUCCGGAUCUAUUCAAAGAUGUGGUGAAUGUACUCAUGAAUCACGACCGCUUCCUAGUGUUUGCCGAUUACGACGAUUACAUCCAAAUGCAGGACAAAGUGUCGCUCGUGUAUACCAAUCCGGAAGAAUGGACUAAAAUGUGUAUCAUUAAUAUCGCCACUUCGGGCAAGUUUUCCAGCGACCGCACGAUCUGUGACUACGCGCGCGACAUAUGGAAUGUGGAGCCGAGUUGGGACAAACUGCCCGCACCUCACGAGCCGGUAGACGAGGCCAAAGCCAGUACUACUGCCGCACACACUAACGGCGCCGCGAGGGUCGCCGCCGCUAACGCCAAAUCUGUCAAACAAGUCAAAGCUUAAAAAGCAUUUACAAUACUAUGAACUGUUUUUAAUCGUUACAUUAGUUAUGAAAUCUAGACUUUAUCUCAAAAAUGGCAAUAAUUAUCUUAAUUUUAUUAAUAAUAAUGAUCUAUUGAUUAGAGCUCUCUAUAUAUAAAAUUGAAUUAUAACUGAAAGUCUGAUUAUAUCUGAUGUUUGUUAUCGAAUCAUGUUUUAUUCUAAUUAAUAAAAUUUUAUUUUCAAUUCAA